CUAAUACAACAGAGACAUGCAAUAUUAACAGAGCAAGCCUGGGCUGAGAUCAUGGACUAAAACAGUUUACAAUUUCACCCAGUCCCAGUGAACAGGACAAACUGAGAGUUUACGCUGCAGUAUACGGGUCAGAGAGAGAGAGAGUGCGCACCGGCAUGCACACCUCAUAAGAGUUAAUCAGCUCUCAGCAGUCAUUAGCCGGAAAGAAUGCCACAUUCCCGCAGGAAACCGAGGGAAUGAAAAGGCUCCCCGCUGUCGGCAGGUUAUAAACGUCGGUCAAGGUCCGUCCUGCAGGAUGCUGGCUACCUUUGACCUACUGCUACCAGCAGUAAUCAGCUCAAAGCGGUGACUCUGCGACCAAAUCCUGCAACCGGUUUGUCACAUGACUGCGCUCAUCGGAGAAAUUAUUUCCGUGUUCUCAGGGAUCUCACUCAACUGAAUGAAAUCCUGACUGGUGUUUUUUUUUUUUUCCUGCCCUGCUUCCUGCACCGAGCUGCCAUUGGAACGCGUCGCCGAGCUGGGGGGUACUUCGGGGAAGGGGACCCGCUCAUUUCACCGCAAAGACGCGAGCCGCAGCAAUAACAUGCUCACACGGGUGAAAUCUGCGGUGGCCAGUUUCAUGGGAGGCAUAAUGGCUGGCGGUUCCAAUGGAGACAACUUCAGCGGUUCCGACCUGCCGCUGAAAUUUCCUUACAUGAGACCGGAGUUUCUGGGGCUGUCACAGGACGAGAUAGAGUGCUCCGCGGAUCACAUCGCGCGGCCGAUUCUCAUUCUGAAGGAGACGAAGAGAUUGCCUUGGGCUACUGGCUAUGCAGAGGUGAUCAACGCGGGGAAGAGCACUCUGAACGAGGACCAGGCCUGCUGCGAGGUGGUGCUGGUGAAGAGGAAGGCGGGCGGCUCCACCCCCGGCAAAACGCCCACAACCAAGAGGAGGUCCUCCCUGCCCAACGGGGAGGGCCUGGGCCUGCGGGAGAGCUCGGACUCUGACGGGCUGGCCUUCCAUUACUGGGCCCUGUUUGACGGGCACGCGGGCUCUGGCGCGGCGGUGGUGGCCUCCAAGCUGCUGCAGCACCACAUCGUGGAGCAGCUCCAGGACGUUCUGGACGUCCUGCGCAACUCUGCCCUCCUGCCCCCCACCUGCCUGGGGGAGGAGCCCAACAGCAGCAGCACGCCCGCCUCCCACCGCGCCCUCACCCGCGCCGCCUCCCUCCGGGGGGCCGCGGGGGCCCCCGGCUCGCCCGGCACGCCCCCCCCGACCCGCUUCUUCACCGAGAAGAAGGUGGAGCACGAGAGCCUAGUGAUUGGGGCCAUAGAGAACGCCUUCAAGGAGAUGGAUGCGCAGAUCGAGCGGGAGAAGGCCGUGUACAGCAUCUCCGGGGGCUGCACGGCGCUGGUGGUGGUCUUCCUCCUGGGGAAGCUGUACGUGGGCAACGCCGGGGACAGCAGAGCCAUAAUCAUUCGGAACGGGGAAGUGAUCCCCAUGUCCUCAGAGUUCACCCCGGAGUCCGAACGCCAGAGGCUGCAGUUUCUGGGCUUCAUGCAGCCACACCUGCUGGGGAACGAGUUCACGCACCUGGAGUUCCCCAGGAGGGUGCAGAGGAAGGAGGUGGGGAAGAGGAUGCUGUACCGGGACUUCACCAUGAGCGGCUGGGCGUAUAAAACCAUAGAGGACGAGGACCUGAAGUUUCCUCUGAUAUACGGGGAAGGGAAGAAGGCGCGCGUCAUGGCGACCAUCGGCGUCACGCGCGGCCUCGGGGACCACGACCUGAAGGUGCACGACUCCAACAUCUACAUCAAGCCCUUCCUCUCCUGCUGCCCGGAGGUGAAGGUGUACCCGCUGACGCAGUACGAGCACGGGGCCGACGACGUCCUGGUGAUGGGGACCGACGGCCUGUGGGACGUGCUGUCCAAUGAGGAGGUGUCCGAGGCUGUGGCCGGCUUCCUGGCCAACUGUGACCCGGACGACCUGCACAGGUACACCAUGGCGGCUCAGGACCUGGUGAUGAGGGCCCGGGGGGUGCUGAAGGACAGGGGCUGGCGCAUCUCCAACGACAGGCUGGGCUCCGGGGACGACAUCUCCGUCUACAUCAUCCCCCUGCUGUACGGCAACCGGCAGCCGUAGCCGGAGAGCAGGCUGAGCGGCGGGGAGACGUCCGUCCCCCCCCCCACACCCCCAACCCAAAACCGUCCCUCUCCCUCUGCCCCCCACUGUACUGUACUGUACUGUAAGUGAUGAUGAUCAUGGAAAAUCGACAGACCUGACACCCCCCAACCCAAGCGCCUCCCCCCCACCCCCAGCCCGUCACAGGACCACAGUGUUUGAAGACAAACCCCCCCCACCACCACCUUGUGCAGUGCAACGAAGGAAGUUCUCAGGAUCUUCAACGCCACCUUUGUCAUGUGACCCUGGAUUGACAAGUUGCCCCGGGAUACCCUGUAGAUCCCCCCCCCCACAUUGAAAUGCUGCAGAAAGCCCCUUAUGACUGAAAGGGGAAGUCAUCUCCAGCCAGGGUGUGCCAUACAGACAAUCCCUGCAGCUCUGCAGCUCUCUCUGUGGAUGAUUCACAGUUACGACAAAAUUCCUUUGCGGACGGGGGGAGGGCCGGGGAGAGAGGGGUUGGGGGAUUGUAGAGGGGGGUUGGGGGUUGGGGGUGUGUGUUGCUGGGGCAGUGGCAUGAAAUACAGGGGACUGGGCUGGGAAUAAGAGCAAAGUGCAAUGGUUUACAAUUUUCUUCUUUUGAUACUUGCUGUUCAGUUUGGUGUAUAAUUUUCUUUUUUUUAAUUUAACUUUUUACGUGUGUAACAAAAAAAAAAAAAAGUCUAUGAAAAAGGACCAGUGUUUAAUUCCCCCUGUUUUGCUUAUUGGCUGUACAGUGUAUAUACUGAGAGAUCGUAUGUGGUUAAAGGUGAUUCCUCCGCUCAAA